UUCCGCCUCCUCGGUUCCCGCCAGACACACAAGGCUCAAAUGAAGGCAGAUUUCCCCCGGCGUUCUCUGGUCACGCCCAAGGAAACGGAAAAAGGAAACAAACCCCUUAUUCUCCUCCCGAGUCCCUUCUCUUGGCUUCCCCACCCCUUCCUCUUACAGGCCCUCCCAUUUCAGGGGAAGACGAAGCCAUAUUCGCCCUCAGAGAGGCGGAGUCCUCUGUUUUUGUCGCUCUCGCGAGCCCUCCGAAAUCUCGCGAGACUCGACGCCCGACUUGUGCGCCCGGGAAACCCCGUCGUUCCCUUUCCCCUGGCUGGCAGCGCGGAGGCCGCACGAUGCCUGGAGUUACUGUAAAAGACGUUAACCAGCAGGAGUUCGUCAGAGCUCUGGCAGCCUUCCUCAAAAAGUCUGGGAAGCUGAAAGUCCCCGAAUGGGUGGACACAGUCAAGUUGGCCAAACAUAAAGAGCUUGCCCCAUAUGAUGAGAACUGGUUCUACACACGAGCUGCUUCCACAGCACGGCACCUGUACCUCCGUGGUGGUGCAGGGGUUGGUUCCAUGACCAAGAUCUACGGAGGACGGCAGAGAAACGGUGUCAGGCCCAGCCACUUCAGCAGAGGCUCUAAGAGUGUGGCCCGCCGGGUCCUCCAAGCCCUGGAGGGGCUGAAAAUGGUGGAAAAGGACCAAGAUGGGGGCCGCAAGCUAACACCUCAGGGACAGAGAGAUCUGGACAGGAUCGCCGGACAGGUGAGAGGUGCACUUUGUGCUUCUACUGAAGCAGAGGUCACACUGAGAAAGGGGGGAACAGUAAGGUGUGUAGUGUUAUUUGCUCAAGACUGGGUUCCAAAGUGGUGCUGGGCUUCUAUAUAUAAACUUAGACCUGUGGCCCCAUACAGAUACUUGGUUAGGAGUUCUAGCCACUCUUCCUUCUUAGUGCCUCAUACUUACUAGGUGACAGGUUCAGGCCCAGGCAUUGUAGAGUAACUUCCUACUGCCUUCUGUGUAAAGUGAUGUCACCCUGAGAAGCUGGUGUAAAGAGGAACCCCUGGGUGUGGUAGACUGAUGAUCCAAGCCUAAUUUCCUUUCUACAAUAGACUUCCUAGGGGUAUUGAAAGGCAUUGGGGGGCCUGGAGAGAUGGCUUAGUGGUUAAGAGCACUGACAACUCUUCCAGAGGUCCUGAGUUCAAAUCCCAGCAACCACAUGGUGGCUCACAACCAUCUAUAAUGAGAUCUGAUGCCCUCUUCUGGUGUGUCUGAAGACAGCUACGGUGUACUUAUAUAUAAUAAAUAAAUAAAUCUAGAAAGAAAAGAAAGGCAUUGGCCUUUAACUUCUGGUCUUAGUAGAAAGGGCCUGACCCAAACAUUGGCGCAUUGACCAUCCCUUCAGGAGAGUGGGCAGAAGCUUGAGCCCUGGGUCAGUGUAAUCUACAGAAUUAGGUGUUGCAACAGUGGGGCUGAGGGUGUAAGAAACCUUGACCCCACAACUGAUCUUCUCUGUCUCCCCACAGGUGGCAGCUGCCAACAAGAAGCAUUAGAACAAAGGAUGCUGGGUUAAUAAAUUGCCUCAUUCAUAA